AUGCGCUCCAGAAGUAACAGCACAGGAAGCCCAACCACAUCCAAGCUGUGCCGACAAAGGCCAAAGGAUCACCAUAAAGAUGAUCCUGGUUAUAGCGGGAGAGGAAACGUAGAGAGAAAGCAGGAGGAGGGUGAUGUAGCCCAAACCAGCACCAUCCUAAGAAGCCCUAAGGCAGAGAAAAAAAGAAGAGAUUCUUUCAAGAAAACAGAAGAUCUCUCUCGUGAUGACCUACUAUUUCUUCUUAGUAUCCUAGAGGGUGAAUUACAGGCUCAAGAUGAGGUUAUAGGAAUCCUUAAGGCAGAAAAAAUUGACCUGGCUUUGCUCGAAGCACAGUAUGGCUUUGUGACUCCCAAGAAGGUGCUGGAGGCCCUCCAGCGAGACGCUAUUCAAACAAAGGCUGUGCAAUGGCAAGAAGACAUCUACGAAAAGCCUAUGGGAGAGCUUGAUAAAGUUGUAGAGAAACAGAAAGAAACCCACAGACGAAUGCUCGAGCAACUUCUAAUGGUAGAAAAAUCACACAGACAGACUCUGUAUGAGCUGGAGGAAGAGAAGAGGAAGCACGCUGAAUACAUGGAGAAAAGUGAUGAGUUUACAAGCUUACUGGAACAAGAAUGCGAAAGAAGAGAAUUUGUGAAGAAACUGGAAGUUCAUACUUUGGCCAUCCCUGGAUAUAAACAGAUUUAUGAACGGGAGGAUUUGCAUUCCCUGUUCCCCACUCAGACUGUCAAUAAGCUUAUCGCCAUCGCUGUCUGA